CGUUUUGUUAUAAUUCAUUAUAUUUUUCAAGAUAUAUCGUAAACGUUGGAUAUAAUGAUUACCGUUAAUAAUUCAGUCGCAAGUAUAUUAGAAAGAAUCAUUUGCAAGAUAGAAACGACUUCGGAUAAAGAAAUUUCCCGAUUUGCAACUAAACGAAAACUCGAUGACAUUGGAAUGUCUGGUAAAAAAAGUAAACGGGCACGGUGCGAAACAGCUGGUGUAGAAGAAAUACAUUGCCGUAUAUGUUAUGAUUCUAAUCAGCAAUGUCCUAUUGUUUAUCCAUGCAAAUGCAAGGGAACAAUGGGUGCUAUUCAUGUGAAAUGUUUGGAACAUUGGUUAGAGGAAAGCAAUAGAAAUAGCUGUGAAUUGUGCGGACACGUAUUUCAAGUUGAACGCACACCACGUUAUAAAGCUAUUACAUCUAUUAUUAUUUGGCUGUGCAUCAGUCAACAUCAACGCCAAUUAUACAUGCGCAAUUUGAGAACAGAUUUACUUCGCUGUAUCAUCGUCACACCACUGACUAUAAUAUGUUCAUACAUUUGCGUGGUCGGGGCUGAUUUUUAUGCAAUGAAUAAUUACAAUAAUUUUCCCCCGGCACGAUGGACUACUUAUUCUUUGCUAGUAAUGAUGGCAUUAUUAAUUUUCUCAUAUUUUCUAUGGAUAUACAUGGCAAUUCAGAAUCAUCAAAAAAUUUGGUUCUAUUGGUGGCAGAAAACAAGCGCGGUGAAAAUAACAUUGCCUUUGCAGAAUAGAACUUCAAUAAACUAUAAAUCUAAUAUAUCACAAGUUUGAUCAUUAUUUGACAAUAAAAAUCAUAGAGCGGUAUAUAUACAGACGUACAUAUACAUACAUGCAUACAUACUAUGCAUAUACAUAUAUAUGCAUAUACGUACAUACAUAUACACACACACACACACAUAUAUAUGUAUAUAUAUAUAUAUAUAUAUGUAUACAUGCGAAUGCCAUUGAAGAGUUACGCUGCUCGGCGUUUUAUAGAAAUCUUGCCACGGCUCAGUUGUGAUAUGUAAAUCCUGACUUUGCUUCCGUCCGAGAUUUUUUUCACCCAUAUCUAUGAAAGGGCAUAAAUUAAACCGAUCACUUU